AACAAUAGUCUGAAAAGUUGAUUCGAUUACGAUGUCAGGCUGAAAGUAUUUUCCAACAUGAGCUGUCAAAGAUUGGCUCCGUGUUUAACGGCGACAGUUCUGUUGCUGCUAGUAUGUGGCGGGUCCGCGGCUGCUUCCGACGAAUCCCUGUUCCCUCGGUUCGUGGAGCCGGUGCCUAAUGUGACAGUGACAGUUGGCCGUGACGCGCUGCUAGCCUGUGUCGUCGAAGACUUGAGGGGAUAUAAGGUGGCGUGGGUACGAGUGGACACGCAGACGAUCCUGAGCAUCCACCACAACAUAAUAACCCAGAACCCGCGCAUCAGCCUGUCGUACAACGACCAUCGCUCCUGGUACCUCCACAUCAAGAACGUGCAGGAGGUGGACCGCGGCUGGUACAUGUGCCAGGUCAACACUGACCCCAUGCACUCCAGGAAGGGGUACCUGCAGGUCGUAGUGCCCCCGGUGAUAAUCGACAAUAUGACGUCAACGGACAUGGUGGUCCGCGAGGGCACCAAUGUGACGAUGGUGUGUCGAGCCACAGGGUACCCCGAGCCUUACGUCAUGUGGCGAAGGGAGGACGGACAGGAGUUCAACUGUAAUGGAGAACAAGUAAAUGUUGUGGAUGGAGAAAACUUGACGAUAUCAAAGGUGUCUCGACUACAUAUGGGCGCUUACCUCUGCAUCGCGUCCAACGGAGUUCCACCUUCAAUCAGCAAGCGGGUCGUACUAAUGGUGCAAUUUCCCCCGAUGCUGUCCAUCCCCAACCAGCUGGAGGGCGCGUACAUCGGGCAGGACGUGACGUUGGAGUGCCACACGGAGGCGUACCCCUCCUCCAUCAACUACUGGACCACCGACCGCGGGGACAUGAUCAUCUCUGGCAACAAGUACGUGACGUCAUUUAUAGAUGACGGGUACAGCAGAAAGAUGAAGCUGACGAUACGCAAGGUGUCUCCGAAAGACUUCUCCUCAUAUCGAUGUGUCGCCAAGAACUCUUUGGGAGAGACCGACGGUCUUAUUCGAUUGGAUGAGAUACCCGCUCCGUCAACAAUCAGCACUACAAUCAAUUAUUUGCCGACAUUUCCUCAAAGGAAAAAAGGUAAACACAAAAAUCGGUGGCGGGACAGUUCUGCGGAGAACAGAGUCAUCGGGGAUUAUGAAGUGGAGGAGUGGAAGGACGUCGAUUACGAGUCGACUCAAACUUCAGGCUCCGUCAUCUACAGAAGCGGGAUCCUCGUCACUUUGUUCUCAGUUCUCAUCACCAGCUGACAUACAACCAUCACCCAUAUCGGUAGCAUAUCAUAGUGCCAACGUUAGACUACUGGGCUAAACGAGAUACGAUAGAUUUAGCAGUGAUAUAGCUUUCAUAAGUUUACUGUGUCUAUAGAAUACUUAUAUAGUAAUAAAACAUUUAUGUACGUAUUCAUUUACUAUAGGUAGAAUAUCAGAAUCAAAUCAGUCGGCUAUGAAAUUUAAUUUGAUUCAAACUAUGAUAUAUUUUUAUGGAAAACUAACUAUUUCUUAGAGUAUUGUACAUAAUUUAGAUCUACUUCUCGAUAUUGAAAGACUGAUAGUUUUGUAUGAUAAAUGUGCCAUAUCGGAACAUAUUUAAAUUAGAAGUAAACGGUAGCGAUGAUUAAAAUUGUUGAAGUAAAAUGUAACAGUUGAAAAUUGUACAUUGU